GGUGCUGUGUGAGUUUAGGCAUCAUAGGGUUUGCUGGGGGAGGGGGAGUUCAUCGCACUGAUGCUGAAACCAGGACUUGGGCACCUAAAAUAGGAACUUUGGCACCUAACUGUUGUGCCUUCAGGCCUCACCCUCUCUGAGCCUUACUUACGCCAUCUUUACAAUGGGAAUAUUGACACUUUGUAAAAUGCCUUGAGAUCUGUGGAUGAGCAGUUCCAUAGAAGAGCUCUGUGUAGCUUGUAAGCUUGUCUCUCCACCAACAGAAGUUGGUCCAAUAAAGGAUGUUACCUCACCUACCUUGCCUCUUGUAUGUAAGAGCUAGGUGUUGUUAUCUACAGCGGAAGAGGGAUUAUCUGUGCGGGAAAGUUUUACCAGUUAAACUGGUGUACUUGUACUAGAAUAUUUAAACUUCUACUGUGAUACUGGUAUAAGUCCCAUGGGGACGCUCUGAUUCUGGUGUACGAGUGCUUCCUUUUGGUUAACUUAAACCCCUUCCAAAGCAACAUAAACUAACCCCAAACAAGGCCCUCUCACAUUGACACCUGCAGCGCUUUGCUUGCAUAAUACUAAUACCUCCCUCUUAUCUACUGCUUUUAACCCAGUCUCAAAGCACUUUACAAAGGAAGUCAGUAUCAUCCCCCAUCUGGGGGUGGGGGGAAUUGUCAUGCCUAAGGUGACCCAGCAGGGCAGAGCCAGGAAUAGAACCCAAGUGUCCUGAGUCCCAAUGUCUCUCCCCUAGACCCCACAGCCCGCUCUACCAGCCAAGCGCUCCUAGCGUAGGUGCAGUGUAUCCUAGCCAAACUGUGCUGGCCUAUAUCAGACGAGCGUCCAUCCAGAGAGUUAGAUCAGUAAAACUCUAGCACUUCAAACUCCCACCGGAGCCCAUAGCAGUGUAACUAAGCUAAGGGUUUUGCAUGAAAUACGUCCCCACAGCCCUGCUCAAAGCAGCAUCUCAUGACGUUUCCAUUCCCCCAGGCUGCUCCAUAUGGCACUGAUGUGUACCCAGCCCUUUGGUGAGCCCUGAGCGCUCCCCCCACCUUUGGCACGGAGAUACUUACCCCUCCACCACCCACUCUGCUCAGAACGAAGCAGCCAUGGCUGAGGCCGUCCAUUACAUCCACCUCCAGAACUUCAGCAAGUCCCUGCUGGAGACGCUGAACGGGCAGCGCCUGGGUGGGCACUUCUGUGACGUAACCGUGCACAUCCACGAGGCCACCCUGCGGGCCCACCGGUGCGUGCUGGCUGCCGGCAGCCCCUUCUUCCACGACAAGCUGCUGCUGGGCUACUCAGAGAUCGAGGUGCCUGCCGUGGUGCCCAGCCAGGUGGUGCAGCAGCUGGUGGAGUUCAUGUACAGCGGCUCCCUGGUGGUGGCCCAGUCUGAGGCCUUGCAGAUCCUGACAGCUGCCUCCAUCCUCCAGAUCAAGACAGUCAUCGAUGAGUGCACCCAGAUCAUCUCCCAGAGCCGCAGCCCCAAGCCGCCCGCCGCUGCCCCAUCUGUGCCCCUCACCGUUCCCAGGCCGCUGGCCGUUAAGCCCCAGGAACAAAUCAAGGAGAGCCCAGGCGCUGUCAGUCUCCCAGCCUCCCGGCCCAGCGAGAUGGAGCCCCCCAGCACUGCCCAGCUGGAGACCCCCAAGCUGCUGUGUGCCUCGGAGGUGCGAUACAAGCUCCGUGACCUGCUCUCCUCCCAGCAGAGGCAGCUGGGGGAGGCCAGGGAGAGGGCAGCGUCCGAGGGGGAACUGGUAGCUGCUGGCAGCGACGGUGAGGGGCCGUAUGGCGGGCUGCACCCAGCCGAGGCUCAGCCCAGCUGCCACAGCCGCAAGCAGCGCCAGCCGGUGCGACUCCAGCUUUCCGAUGCCUUGCCUGUCAUCAUCAAGGACGAGGAGGAGGAAGAGGAAGAUGAGGAGGAGGAGGAGGGCGGGGGAAAGCUGAGCUGCUUCGGGGAAUGUGGCGGGGGAGACUUCUCCAGCUGCAGCGAGACCAAAGACACUGGGGGCGGGAGCGGCGGAGGUGGAGCGGGCAGGAAGGACGGCGUCCAGCUAGACUACCCCGCCGUGGAGGGGCAAGAUUUCUUUGGCGGGCAGGACGUCUUCUCCGAGUCCUUCAUCCCGGCCUGGCAGAGCGAGGAGGGCGGCCAGGGGGUGGCCCGGGAGGGCGAGAAGUUCCGCACCGAUUGCAGCCUGGAAGCCUCCAACAUGAGGACGCUGGCUGGAGACUUCAAGCCAGCUCCGGCCAGCUUCCCGGCCCAGGCGCCCGAGCCCCGCAGCCUAGCAUUCAUCUCCUCCCUGGGCAUCCAGCGGGAGCUGAAAGCCGAGGUCAGCGCCGCUGGACCCAGCACCACCACCACCACCAGCAUCUUCCAGUUCCACCUGCCGCAGCCCGGCGUGGCCCAGAGCUUCUACAGCGUCCAGCAGGAGGUCGGCGCUGCCAACAUGGUACAGCUCAGCCCCGGCACCAUGGUGACUGGCUCCCUGCACGGCGAGCAGGCCCAGCGCCCGGGGCCUUCCCGCUGCUCCGAGCCCUCCUACCAGUGCAGCCACUGCCAGAAGACCUUCAGCUCCCGCAAGAACUACACCAAGCACAUGUUCAUCCACUCAGGCGAGAAGCCCCACCAGUGCAGCAUCUGCUGGCGCUCCUUCUCGCUGCGGGACUACCUGCUGAAGCACAUGGUGACGCACACGGGCGUGCGGGCCUUCCAGUGCUCCAUCUGCUGCAAGCGCUUCACCCAGAAAAGCUCCCUCAACGUCCACAUGCGCACGCACCGCCCAGAGCGCUUCCAGUGCUGUAUCUGCAACAAGUACUUCUCCCACCGCACCCUGCUCGAGCGCCACGUGGCCACCCACACCGCUUGGAAAGCCGGCGAGCCUGACGUGGCCGGGGGCGCCUGGAAGGAGAAGCCUGACCCGGGAGAGGGCGCCAGCGUCGCCGCCUGGAAAGGGGACCCAGCCGCCGAGGGCGCCAUGGCAUCGUGGAAAGGGGACCCAGCCGCCGAGGGCGCCAUGGCGUCGUGGAAAGGGGACCCGGGCGGGGAAGGCACCAUCGUGGCCUGGAAGGGGGACUCUGUUGCAGAGGGGGCUCUCCCCACCCAGCCUGCGUGGAAAGGGGACCCUGCUGGAGAUGGCACCAUGCCAGCCCACACAGCCUAAGAGAGGGGCCUGGCUGGAGUGGGCACAGGUAAAGAGGGGACCAAAGUAAGCCCAUCUCAGCCCAGCCAGCCUGGAAAGGGUCCCAGGCCCAGCACAACCCGUGUGCCCUGGAAAGAGAAGCCACUCAGCUCGGAGAGGCAUCUGGGGUGCCAGUUACUUUCCUGAUGCUCCCCACCCCAGCCGGUACGACGUGCACUCAGGACCGACUGGCUUGGGCAAGUCCCGUUUUGAUCUCCAAGGUGAGUUCUCUCUGCGGGCUCAACUCCCUUCUGAGCCUCUCAAUGGGCCAUGCCCUGUGGACACUCCCUCCUCCCAGUCACACCGGUUGGGAGCGGUACCAUCAUCUCCGGCAGACCAUCUCUGAGCCAGGUGACAUCAUGGGUAGAAACCAACGGAAACCCUAGCAGUGACCAAAGAGUCUGUCCGGGUCCCGGGGGAAGGGACAGAAAGGAACUGCACAGCCGUGGAGCCCCUAAACCUUCCUUUGUGAGCAGUUGUUCCUCCAUCUUCAGGAGUUCAGAGGUGGAUCAGAGAUCUAGCUACUCACUGGCUACAGAAUCCCUCACUUGCCAUCAGCGUUCUCCAGCAGCCCUCAUCAUUGCAAAGAGGAACUUCCCGACGUCUGCCUGAGUCUGCGGACAGCCUGAAAGAGGCCCUGGGAGAGGCACAUACUACCCCGUUGGUUAUUAACCGUGAAACUUAACAAUGACCCUUUAAAUGUCAGCAUCACUAACUGCUGCUCUCUCAGUAGUUUUAGCAGCAACAUCCAGCUAACGUAUUUGUCCCACGAUGCCAAACAAUUCCCCAAUUCUGAAAUCUCCCCACUCACUCCCCCAUUGCCCCCUAAGAACGUGUAUAAGACAGGGUUUGAAGAGCAGUGGGGCACAGAAAAUUUAAGGGCAGAGUAUCUACAGUUCAAUAUAAAAUAAAUAACACACUGACAAGGCACUGAUUGCGCUGAUGAAGGGGUUGCCAGCAGCCGGUGAACCCCUCCUUCUGUCUAAAUAUAUUGCACCCAUAAGUCAUACCUGAGAACACUUAAAUGGAAGGAGAUUAGAGAGCAGAAGUGGGUGACAUUUUUUAACUGAACCUUUUUUCAGUGUCAAAUGCAGAUUUGGCAAUGCCGAAAAGUUUCACAAAUUCGUGUUGGUUUUGCCAAAUGGUUUUGAGGGGAAAAAAAAUAAAAAUAACAUUCUGAAGAAAUCAAAAUGUUUCAUUCGGACUUUUCUGGGAGGGAAGGGGGAGAUCGUUUUGGUUUUUCAAUUUGAAAUCUCCGAAUUUUAUUUUUUUUAAAAUAAAAAUGCUCAAAACAAAACAUAUCCCUUUUUUUGGUUCAAAAUGACUUGUUUCAGAAUUUCCUUUUAUUUUAAAAAAAGGUCAAAUGCUCAAAAUCAAGCCAAAAUAUUUAGAUAUUUUAUUUCAAAAUUACUUUGUGUUUAGAAAGGUCCUUUAAUUUUACUUUUUCAAAGUAAAUAAAGGUUUAAAAUACUCAAAAUGUUUCAACCCCAAAUGAAUUUUUUUUACUUUGACUUGCUGAAAAUUUUCCUUUUCAGUCCAACCCGAAAUGUUUUUUUUCCCAAUUUUUAAGAUCACCAAGGAACCAAAAAGACCUGUUCUUAGUCCCACAAGAUUAAAAAGUCACUUUCUUCUGUU